GCUCCGGCUGCGCGCUUUGCUCUGUGUGCUCAACCCGGGUAAGGCGGCCUGCACUGAAUACACACACCGGCCGAACCCGCUCACUCUCUGCCUGAGCACCGGGCUAACCUUUUCCAUUUUCCCGCGGCAUCCAGCCUCCCCGGUCGGGGCGUAUUACCGGGAUGCAGCCGUGAGCCGCUUUCCAGGAAGCAGAUUUUUCUAGAAAAUGACAGAGUACAAGCUGGUGGUGGUUGGAGCUGGAGGCGUCGGGAAGAGCGCCCUGACAAUCCAGCUAAUUCAGAAUCACUUCGUGGACGAGUAUGAUCCCACCAUCGAGGACUCCUACCGAAAGCAGGUGGUUAUUGACGGCGAGACCUGCCUCCUGGAUAUUCUGGAUACCGCAGGUCAAGAGGAGUACAGCGCCAUGAGAGAUCAGUACAUGAGGACAGGAGAAGGCUUUCUGUGUGUAUUCGCCAUCAAUAAUACCAAGUCCUUCGAGGACAUCCAUAACUAUAGAGAACAAAUAAAGAGAGUUAAAGACUCUGAGGAUGUCCCGAUGGUUUUAGUCGGCAACAAAUGCGACCUGCCGUCCCGGACCGUAGACACGAAGCAAGCCCAGGACCUGGCGAGGAGCUACGGGAUUCCGUUUAUCGAAACGUCGGCAAAGACGCGUCAGAGAGUGGAGGAUGCUUUUUAUACCCUGGUGCGGGAAAUCCGGCAGCACAGAUUGAAAAAGAUCAGCAAAGAAGAAAAGACUCCAGGCUGUGUGAAAAUUAAAAAAUGCCUUGUAAUGGGUGUGGAUGAUGCUUUCUACACUUUAGUCCGAGAAAUCCGGAAACACAAGGAGAAAAUGAGCAAGGACGGCAAAAAGAAGAAGAAAAAGUCCAAGCCAAAGUGUACGAUUCUGUGAAUAGUUCCCAGCCCCCCCCCCUUGUUCUAGGCAUGCAGAACCGUGAUAUUUUUGUACAUCACACUAAAUUAUUAGCGUUUUUGCUUUUUGAUCGCUUUACAUCAUGGGACCUCUGUGGCUUCUGCUUUACACACAAAAAACCCCCUCUGUUUUGCGGU